UGAGAGUCAAUAAGGAAGCGAUUCCAAGCAAGGAUGCAUUUUUAUAUUUAAUACCUCCAACAACAACAACCACAAAAAAAUCAAAUUUUAUUCAUUAAAACUUUCAAUAGCCCUUUAAAAUAAAAUCGAAAUCAAAAUCUGACCAAAUUCUAAGGCAAGGGUUUUUUAAGAGUGCGGUUCUAUUCUCUUUCCACAAUUUUGUUUUUUUUUUUAUGUAAUAGUCAAUGAAUUGGGGAAUGGCCAUCUGCCAAAAGUAAUCGAAAGUGCAAAUGUCCUUCGGCCAUAAGUUUCAAAUGAAGUGUUGAAGAGCCAUCAAAUAUUAUUUGCAAAUUGUUGUGGUAUUAUGUGAUAUUAUCCUCCCAAAAAACUAUGGUUUAUUAGUUUUUCAGUUUUAGUUUUCUUUUUCCAAUAUUUUGUUGUGUUCAUAUUUUUAAAAUGUGUCGUCGUCGAGUAGUGCCUUUUUAGCAAAAUUUAUCGAGAGAAAUAAAAGUGUGAAGAAGAAAAUGCACACAAGAACUACGACCUGCUGAAUGACCUACUAUAUUCUUUAAGUUUUUGGCAAUUGAACCAACAUUUAGCCAGCAAAUCUCCAAUCGCACAAUGGAUCCAUCACCAAUUACAGUGACAAGUGUGGCAGUAAUUGCUAUUUUAGUUUUUAUGGCAGUUUUAGCCUGUCACUAUUUAAGUCCAAAAACAACAUCAUGGAUUCUGUCCAGUAAAGAAGAGACAAUACGAUUAUCUAAAAAUAAACUUUUUAACGCCAAUGGAUAUCUGAUUCACUCGGGCUCUGAUUUUUUACUUAGCUCUAGUGGCAGUUUCAAAAGAUUCGAUUCGGUAGAUCGUGAUUGCAAGGAUAUUGGUCAAAAUACAACCCAUAUGCCACUAUGGAAUAUCCCACAAUCAGAUAUACCACCACAGCCACUUCGACCAGCUCCAGCACCAAUUCCCAAUUCGAAAAUAAACGAAGAAGAAACCGAAGAUUUGGAAAAUGAAUUCAUUACAACAACAACCGCUUCCAUUUCACAACAAUAUCAUCCGCUCAUAAAACAAUCUGCCACAGUAAAUGCUCUUCCAAACAGUCAUUCAACUUCCAACAUUGAUGUUCCAUCCCUCAAACGAAAUCUCUCGACUCCUUUGAAUUUUGAAAUAAAAACAUCCACAAGUGCAACUGCCAUACCCAGGCCGACGAUUAAACGCAUUGGCACAGCACCCAAUGGUCAAUUGAUAAAUCUCUCCGAAGCAGCCUUCAAAAUCCAACAAAAAGGCGAAGAAAUGCAACGUUCCAAAAGCACCAAUCCAUUUUUAAACAACCAAACCAAUCAAACAAAAUUCGCUGCUGCAAGUCCACCAACUUCACCAUUGACAACCAUCAACGAGAUCUGCCAACUAAGUCCGACCGAAAAACCGCUCGAAAUGAAAAUUCCUAUAACCGAUGACAAUACAAACAAAAAUCCAUUUACAACUGUUGAACUUCCGUUACAGGAAAGUCAAAUAAUAAACAUUUCAUCAGAUACGGUGACGGCAUCGGCACCGGCACCCGUGAAUAAUGAUGCACCCAAGGAGACAUUUAUCAAUGCAAUAUUUGAUUUUAUAAACCAAAUGCCUGCCAGUCAGAAUAUGUCACUGCCUUUAAACUACCAACUGUCAAACACCAAUUCAGAAGUAGCGACGUCAGCGCCAGCGGACGAUUCCGGCAGAAAAGCCUUCUUUCAGUUCAGGAACAGAUCGUUCUCGGAAACCGAAGCAACAGAAAUUGAUUUGAAACAGUUUUGCAGCAAUAGCAAUCCGUUCAAACGCAAAGGGAGUGUUGAAAUUCAAAAGACCACUUCGGAGGAAGUUCUUUCGUCGAGAAAUGGCAAUAUUCCGCCCUUUCGACGUCAGUCUUCUGUUGGCUUUGGAAUUGGUCGCCGAAACAGCUCACAAACUUCAUUGGACAGUGAUAAAGGGUCUUUGGAUAGUAUCAUAUUACAGAGGGCUAUUUCAUGUGAUUCCGUCAAUUCGGAGUCAUCUGUUCUGCUUUCGGAUUUGGAGCAGCCAACACCGGAAAUCACAGGAUAUUUGUGUGUGGGACUUCAUUGUGAUAAAAAUACAAUUACAAAUCAAAGUGUCGAUAUUGUCGUCAAUGUCAUGGAAGUAAAGGAAAUCGCCGGAUAUACAAAUCUAUAUCCGUUCGAUACAUUUGUGCGAAUUUAUUUAGUACCAGACCAAGCAAAUGCUGUUCAAACUAAGGUUAUCAGAGAUUCUUUGACACCAAGCUUUAACGAAACAUUCACUUUUCAAAUGAAGAGACGACAAGGAAGACAUUCAUUAUGGUUUCAUCUUUAUCACUGCGGAAAUGUUCACACCUUGAUUGGUGAAUCUGAAUUGGAAAUUGAUGAAAUUGUUCGUCCAUUGACAACGUGGCUUCCAUUAUCGGAUUCAAGAAAACAAAAAGCCAAAUGGGGUGAAUUAAUGUUUUCACUAAGUUAUUUACCAACAGCUGAACGACUUACCGUUGUUGUUGUUAAAGCAAGAAAUUUAAAAUCCAAUGAACAACUUGCAACAGUAACAACAGCUGGCAAUGAUAUUCAAGGAAUUUUUAUUAAGGCCUAUUUAUUGAAAGACGAUAAAAAAGUUUUCAAAAAGAAAACCUCUCUAAAACGCAAGGAUCAUCGUUGUCCAAUAUUCAAUGAAUCAAUGAUAUUCAGUAUUCCACCAUAUGCACUAAAUUCGGUUCAUAUCCGAUUGACGGUAAUGUGUGCAACAGGCACUGAGGUUCUUCCAUUGGGCCAUGUUAUAGUUGGCAGCACAACAACAGGCAAAGGCCUCAGACAUUGGCAUCAAAUGUUAUCGAGUCUAAGGAAACCUGUUGCAAUGUGGCAUAUAUUGAGAUAUGCUUCAAUAACAACAAAUAAUGAGCGAAAUGAUAAAAAGGGAAUUUUUAUUGAACGAUAAGUUAUUUUUAAGUGUACAUACCUCACCUUUAUGCAAAUGCGGCUUAUUUGUAUUUUUGUUCAAUUAUUGAUUUCAUUUUAUUUCUAACCAACCAAUUUCCGGGAGUUGGAUGGCGUAUCCAUAAAACAAAACAAAAAUUAUAAACUAAAUACAAAAAUUAUAACAAUUUUUCAUACGUUUUUCUAAUGCCGACUACCAGUUCCAAGAACUUCCUAGAAAUAUGAAACAAAUAAUAAUAUGUAUGUAUAAACUAUACCUGCAUGACUAAAAUGGAAAUAUAUUAUUAUUAAUAAAAUUAUCAAAAUAAAUGUACCAAAAAGAAAAAGGAUAAACCAUAAUAGUGAUGAACUCUUGCUUUAAUAGACAAAUUUAACAAAAAAAAAUAUAUUUAUAUUUAGUAUAAAAUUCAUAAAAUAUGUUACAUGUCAUUUAAAUAUAUUUACUCAAGUCGUUCUUUUGGUUUGAAAAUUGCGAGGUAUUCUAAGAUUUGCGUAAAUAACAUUCAACGAUAGAAAAGUUAUAAUUUCCAGUUAAUAAGUCGUUAAGUUUGAUGUACUUUAAACAAAAAACAUUGAAAACAUUGCAACUAAGACGUUUUCUGGAAGUAUUUCGGAAAUUUUUAUAUGAAUUCAGUGAACGAAGCAGUACCAAAGGGAAUAUUGAAAAACUAAAUUAUGUUUUGAAAAAUUAAAUCAAACAACUUUUCAAUUCGUGUAUUUGUUGAUAGUCCAGUAAAAUGAGGGUUUCAUCUAGGAAUGAGAUAUAGUAAUAGCUAAAUUUGUGUAUACCUUCCUUUUUGACGUUCUAAGCAUUGUGACAAAAAGUCUCAUAAAACCUCGGCCCACGUCGUAAGUUAUGGUCCAAAAAAAUAGAAAAAAAAGACCUUUUUUGAGAAUAUAUCCGUUUCUAUAGUUCUGGUGGUACUAACACCUUUACGAAAAUUAACAAGCACAUACUCAAAUGUUUGUUUCUAUCAGUUCUUCAUACGCUCAACUGUCUUGGAAAUAGAGUGCAUCAAGAGCGUAUCGUUCAACAAUUUUGAAAUUAAAUCACCAGUGAAAAAAACUAAGUCAAGAAAAAUUAAUUUUUCCUCAAAUACAAUAAUGUAACGGGCAUUAUUAAGAGUUCCAGUUAUGAGGCUGAGUGCUUAAAAAUUGAUUUCUGGACCCGAUCACAAAAAUUGUAUCACUAACUCCAGGUUUAUUACUUAAAAUGAUCUUUUUCUUGGAAGAAAAGAUGUAGGCCACGCUGCGAUUGAAGAAAAAAGUGGUUACAGAAGGCAUUAUGUAUCCGAAAUUAAU